AUGACAACUUCAACAAAAAAAUUUAGUAGUUUUCUUCCUAAUGAAACCGAUAAAAUUAAACAUUCCAUUGCUGGUGCUGUUGCUGGCUGUGUCAGUUCUAUUGUAACGUGUCCGUUGGAUGUAGUCAAGACAAGGUUACAGAAUCAGGGCAAAGUUACUAGUGAUCAAAGGAUACCCCCGUAUCGUGGCACUGGAAGAGCUCUAAAACGUAUAUGGAUAGAAGAAGGAAUUCGAGGACUGUAUCGUGGUCUUGGACCAACGUUAUACGGUUAUCUCCCUACAUGGGCUAUUUAUUUCAGCGCAUAUGAUUAUUUCAAAUCUGCAUUAGGAGAACGAACAG